CAUUAUUUAUAAUUGUCAGAAAUUUGGUUCAUCCAUCUGUGACAUGUUUACAGUAAAGAAGAGAAAAGUUUUGUGAAAUGAAUCAAUCAUUUAUUAAUUAAACAAAUAAGUUUAUAUGUAGUGUUACAAAAGAUCUAAGACAAAACAACAAUGAAUCGAGAUAAAAGAGAGCCGGAGUAUCCGACGGAGCUGGAGUCCCAGUUCGUGAUGCGUCUGCCCGAGGAGCCUGCUAAAGUGCUGAGAGAGGUUUUGAAGUCCGGAGAGAAUUUGAAGAACCGCCUCACGAUCCAGAUUGAAAAUGACAUGAGACAGGGGGAAGUGCGGUUCGAUCACUGGCUGAUGCACGCCAAGAUCGUAGACCUCCCCGCCAUCAUCGAAUCUUUAAAAACAAUCGACAAUAAGAGCUUCUAUAAAACAGCAGAUAUCUGCCAAAUGAUGAUAUGCAAAGAAGAACCUGACCUACCGUCAACAGAGGAAGAAUCACCUGCUAAAAACAAGAAGAAGGACCCUUACAAAGUAGAUAAAAAGUUCCUCUGGCCUCAUGGUAUCACACCACCUACUAAGAACGUGCGUAAACGAAGAUUCAGAAAAACUCUGAAGAAGAAAUAUGUGGAAGCACCAGAGAUAGAGAAAGAAGUGAAGAGACUGCUCAGGGCUGACAAUGAAGCUGUCAGUGUCACCUGGGAAGUCAUAAAAGAAGAGGAUGAUCACCCCAAACAAGACAGUGCCCCUGUCAAUGUUAAGCCUGAGAAGAAGCCUAAAGCAGAACGUAAUCCUAAGCGAGAGUCUGUGUCUGUUGAUGUUUCUAACCAUGAGUCCUCUAAUGUUGUAGACAUAUUUGGUGGAGCCGUGAGUGACUCUGAUCUUGAAGAUGACAACAUUAAUGUGGAAAUGGAAGACUCUCGUCUCUCAGCAUAUGACAGUCGCCUCUCAGACACUAAUUCCAUGCAUGGAGAGGGUUCAUCAAAGAGGGAGGCAUUACCAACACAAUUUGGAUCACACAUGUUCCAGUCCCGGCAGGAUCUUGGGCCCAAGUCUUUCCCUGGUCAUAGCAGAGCUACAACACCAGCAGCAUCAGGGAUGUCAAAAAGUGGGGGUCUCUCAUCAGAGGAUGAUGGUGACUACCAACCUAGAGACAUGUCUAAGGACAAUAUGACGUUAAGGAUCGAGCAGUUGAGGGCUGAACUUGAGGAGUUGAAGCAGCGCAGGCAGAGGACACAGCAUGAGAUAGCAGGGAUGGAGAACUUAGCUCUAAGACAGAGAUUUCAGGAUAUCCUACACACUCUCAACCAGGACAUCAUGUACAAAGAGAUGGAGUAUCAGGGCCUUAUCACACUUCAGAACUCAGAAGAUAUCUAGUAGUAACUUUUGUUAGAUAUAUGAAAAUUAUAUCUAACAACAUUUUUUUAAGUUUUAAACUAUGUGGGUAUGAAUGGCUCAGUUACAUAGACUAUAUAAUAAUUAAGGAUGCAUAUUAUGUUGAAUUUAACCAUAAUAUACCAAUUUCUGUGUAUGUUCCUCACUUAAAUUGAAUGUAAUCAUUAGUAACACUUUGUAGUUUAUAAAUAAAUACAUGUAUGUUAUGAAU